GGGUGGCUGAGCGAGGCGACGCCGGGAGUCGGGAGGUCGCAGGCCACGGCUGCGUCCGCGUGCGGGUGGGGGGCGGGGUGUAGGCCCUCGAUCGGAGUUGACGGAGUGCGAGGGGCGCGGACUUCGCCCGGGCCUGUGACUAGACCCAACAUGAGUGAAGCUUCCUGCAAAAAACGGGAUGACUAUUUGGAGUGGCCCGAGUAUUUUAUGGCAGUGGCCUUCUUAUCAGCACAGAGAAGCAAAGAUCCAAAUUCCCAGGUCGGAGCCUGCAUCGUGAAUGCAGAAAACAAGAUUGUCGGGAUCGGGUACAAUGGAAUGCCAAAUGGGUGCAGCGAUGACCUGUUGCCGUGGAGGAGGACAGCAGAGAAUAAGCUGGAUACCAAAUACCCGUACGUGUGCCACGCCGAGCUGAAUGCCAUCAUGAACAAAAAUUCGGCCGACGUGAAAGGCUGUAGUAUGUAUGUCGCCUUGUUCCCGUGUAAUGAGUGUGCUAAGCUCAUCAUCCAGGCAGGUAUUAAAGAAGUUAUUUUCAUGUCGGAUAAAUACCAUGAUAGUGAUGAGACAAAAGCGGCGAGGCUGCUGUUUAAUAUGGCUGGGGUGACGUUCAGGAAAUUCACACCGAAGUGCAGCAAGAUUGUCAUUGACUUUGAUUCAAUUAACAGCAGAGCGAGUCAGAAGCUUCACUUCCCAGGAAUGCAUGCCGUGAUGGCCCUGGACUCCCGACGUCUUUCCUUCGGCCUGCCCCGCUCCAGUAUUUAGUGUUGCAGCUGAAUUAUUUAACUAUGACUUUUGUUCGGGGGAAUUUUGAAUGAACAAAAACAGAAGAAAAGGUUGAGAUUGACAUCAAGUAGAUAGUUAGGAGACAUGCCUGUGGUCCAGCCAGGAGGCAAAGGUGACUUGGACUCGCUGGUGGCUCUGGGGGUGCAGAGAGAUAACUGAGAGAUAAAACCAGCAGGGCAUUGAGACUGUCUGAAUCCUGGGGUCUGCAACUCAGGAGAGAGAUGUUGGGGAGAAUAAGAGAAGUCAUGAGCAUAAAAAUGGCAAUCGGCACCUUUUGCAAGACAGAAUGUGUACAUGGAAGAUGGCCAGACCAUAUGUAAACACAGAACUCUGGCCCAGCACCGGCAGCAACCUGCCCAGGGAACAAACCCAGUAUCUGCAAUAAUCAGUCCAGGAAGCCGGCUCAUUUCCAGUCAGGUGUGGAGGAAGUCAGAGUGGGUGCAGUUACCCCGAAUGGCCAAAACCCGAUCGACAACUGACAGCUGGCCUCAUUUUUGUCCCUGCUUUGGACCAGAGAAAGCCACAUAUGCACCCUAAGUAGCCACACGGAUGCUGCUUCUAGUCACCUGCCUGCAGCCCCCAUCGGGGCAUGAUGGGGGCUAUGCCUGAAGCCCCCCUUUCUCCCACUGUGGAGCUGUCCCACCCUCUGCCUGCCUUCCAGCCUUUGCCAGAGCACAGGUGACGGUGGCUGACUCCCUUGCUGUGGCAAACUCGGGACAAAUAGCUUUUGCCUCUUCCCAUUGCGUUGGUCUUCAUUUACUCUCCACGCCCUGAGCUUCCCUUUUCCUUUGCGAUUAUUGUUUCCCGGGCAGGCGCAGGUGCGCCUUGACUCCCCAAGAGCUGUGUGCGGCUGCAGCUCCCAGUGGAAUCUCUUUUCCUGGCGUCCCCAUGUUCCUUGGCUCACUCUUCCCGUUGUCCCUUUCAUGUCACUGCCCUUUUUCCUCUCCCUGUAUUCCUUCCUCCCCUCCUCAUUUCUCAGUCGUUACUGGGUUAAAGGACUAAAGAACUGGUGACUCCUUGUCAGGGCGGGCUUGCAGGAGGGGUGGGAGAUCAGGACAGAGGAACAGAGAGGCCCUACCAGGACCGGUCAGCCCAUUGCCACCAGCAUGAGCUGGGCGACCCAACUGGACUUUGGUAUCUCCAGUGUCUUUGGUUAUGUGGAUAUUGAUUUUAGUUUCCAUCUGUCACUUAUGACUAAUGUGGCCCUGGUGAUGAACAUGUUUUGAAGAGAAAAACAAACUGGGGACAAUUGACUUGUUACUGAAAAUUAAUUAAAGCUAGAUUCCAGCAGAGGAGAAGAGCAGAAAGAUGUCAGGAUAAUUUAGAGGCAUGGUAAAGGUAAAUCACGGAACACUCAAUUUCACAGCAU